UCCGCACGGAAAAAAUAAAAUCGCUACAUGUCGCGAUUAUUCCGCAAGUGUGACACCGACCUAAGUUGGCAAUACGGAAAAUUAUUUUAUCACACAUUGAUAAGAAAAAUAUUUAUUAUUUGAAAAAUUUGAAAUUACCGAAUUACUCAUACUGAAUACUGAUAUAAUUUCGAUUUGAAUAUCCAUCGACCAUCGUUCAAUCAUUGGCAAACAGACAAAUUACAAUUUAUUCCAGUUCCAACGUUUAGGUGAUUUCCGUAUUCUAUUUAACGAUCAUUCGAUCAAAAUAUUAUUGCAGUCUGAUGUGAAAACUCUAAUAUAUAUAAAACUACUGACUUGAUUUGCUGUUCAAGAGUAUUUUAGUAUUUACCAGGUUUUAGGCUGACAGUGCAAACAUUAAAAUGGCAACUCCAAAUAACAAUAAUGCAUCUGAGGAAGAAAAAAUCGAUCCUAUGAAAGAUGUACGUGCUGGAAUCGUACGUGAAGUUGGUAGUCAAGCUAUAUGGAGUCUAUCUUCGUGUAAACCGGGCUUUGGUGUAGACCAGUUAAGAGAUGAUUGUAUGGAAACUUACUGGCAGUCAGAUGGCCAACUUCCACAUUUGGUUAAUAUUCAAUUUAGACGUAAGACAGUUGUGCGUGAUAUAUGCAUAUACAUUGACUAUAGAUUAGAUGAAAGCUAUACACCUGGUCGUAUAUCAGUACGUGCUGGUACUAAUUUUAACGACUUACAAGAAGUUGAAGUUGUUGAACUGAACGAACCAUAUGGUUGGGUAAGAAUAAUGACUAAAGAUAUCAAUGAUUCGCCAUUGAAGACUUACAUGCUACAAAUCGCUGUUAUUACCAAUCAUCAAAAUGGAAGAGAUACACAUAUGAGGCAGAUUAAAGUACACUCGCCAGUUGAAAAGAGGGAUCUUCUCAUUGGUAAUUUUAGCACUGUAGAAAUGAGACAGUAUACAAUUAUAAAGUAAAUUAUUUUGUUUUAUUAUUUAAUUGCUAAUAAUGAUAUUAUAAUAUACUAUAAAACAGUUAAAUUAUAAUGAAAAUAUUUUAUAGUUCCUUAAUGCUAAGUUUAUUUUUGACGUGAAAUGUUAACAUUUUUAUGAUAUUAAAUUUAUUAUUAUUAUUAAGAACAUACCACUUUUUUUUCAUAAUAUCUAUCAUGACAAUUUUUCAUAAUUUUUUUAAAAUAUCAAAAAAUUAUUUGUUAAUAUAUUAUAUUAUAUACCUUCUUA